CACCGCCGGGCGGGGAGGGAGGGGGCGUGGCUUCGGCUGCAGCCGGGGGCGGAAGGAGGAGGGCGGUGGCUGCCGCUUGUCCCCGAAAAUCCUGCCCCCCUGCACACUCCAUCCUUCGCUGCUGCCGUGCGGAUGGUUCCGCUUCGCGGCCGGGCCGCUCUGCCAUGCCGCGCUACUGCGCGGCCUCCCGCUGCAAGAACCGCGGAGGCCAAAGCGCCCGGGACCAGCGCAAGCUCAGCUUUUACCCGUUUCCACUUCAUGAUAAAGAGAGACUUGAGAAAUGGCUGCGGAAUAUGAAACGAGACGCAUGGACUCCAAGUAAGCACCAGCUUCUCUGCAGUGAUCAUUUUACCCCUGAUUCCCUUGAUGUGCGAUGGGGCAUACGCUACUUGAAGCAUACUGCUGUACCAACAAUUUUCUCUUCCCCAGGUGAUGAGGAAAAAGACUCUUCUCAGCACAACCCACAAGAGGUAAAGAGAGAAGACCAGGAAGAAGCAAGUGGAAAUGUAGAGUCAGAUCAAGUACCUCUAUCUCUUGAACCUUGUACACCAAAGAAAAACCUUGUAAUUGCAGAAAAUACAGAUGAAAAAGCAGAAGCAGUCUGCUCAACUGUAUUGAGUAAACCUCUGCAAAUGGGAAAACUACAACUUCAAAACAGAGAAUACUUUCAAGCAGACAGUGUAAUUCUUAAUAAUUCAUCUAAAUGGCAUAUACAUCAACCUACACCCAUUUUAAUGGCAGCAGCAGUCCAGAACAUGGAAUCUACCAGUGUUCAUAAUUCUGUAGAGAAUUCAGUAGGUUGUACAGCUACAGUCUUGCAACUUACAGACCCUGACUAUCUAAAUUCAACUCUGAAAUUGAAAAAUGCUUUAGGUUCAAUUACUGACUAUCCAACUGAAAAUCCUAGCUCUCAUAUUGCAGGCUGUUCUGUUGAAGUACAGCCAGCAAGUGAAAAUGCCAUUUUAGUCAGUACAAUCACACAAACUAUUGAACAGUUUAAUGGAAGUGAAGAAUCUGUCAUUGCUAUCAUUGUACCAGCUGAGAGUCCUAAAAAGCCUGAAAUAGCAAACAGCUCUUUCCUGCCUAUUAAGCAAGAGUUUCUUGACAUGGAAGAAACAGAAACAGAAAAAUCUGCCUAUAUGAAUGCAUAUAGUGAAAUUGAAGUAUUGCAAACUGAACAUUCAUACUGCAAACAAGAUAUAGACAGAGAUCACCUUUGGCAAAAAAUUUCGAAGCUCCACUCUAAGAUAACUCUACUUGAAAUGCAGGAGAUAAAAACUUUGGGGAGACUCAGAUCCUUGGAAGCUCUCAUCGGACAACUGAAACAAGAAAACUUGCUUUCUGAAGAAAAGCUCAAGAUUGUAGAAAACUGCUUCACAACACUUGAAGUGACUAUGAUACAGUAAAGGCUUUAAAUAACUGUUCUGAAAUAUCUUUAUUUCGCCUCUCUGAUUGUCCUUUUGUACAAAUUAACUUUUGUUUCAGUGAUGGUAUUUUAAAUAUCUAAUGCAAAUUGUGUGAAUAACAAACAUUCUUAAAAAUCAACCAGUACCAAAGCUAGGUGGUAGAAUAUUGCCCUUAAAACAUGACUUGCAAGUAAGCUUUAAAAAAAAAAAAAACUUAAAGUUUUGUUACAGUAUAUAAAGUGGAUAAAUAACAAGAAGUUAAACAUUUCCAGGUGCAAGCUUCCUGAAGCACGUGAGCCUGGUAUUCAGUGCAGGUGCCGAAGGGGUAGCAUAACUGUGUAGAGUGAAUGAUUAUAAAGCAAUUGUAAAAUACUGUGUUCCAGUUCUCUCAAAUGAGGGAGGAAGUAUGUAAUACACAUUGUCCAGUGAGGCCACAAUUGCUCCUUAAUCUUCAUUUAGCAUUCAUUCUGGUACCUUUUUGUACACUUUGACCUUAUUAAAAUUGUUUCUGCAAUAAAA